AUUGACAUUAUUUGAAUCUAACCUCAAAACAACACGUGUUGGCAAAUUUCUAACUUAGAAUAUUUGUAGUGGGUUAUUUAGUGAAAAAAUGGUUUCUAAACGCAAAAAGAAGUAUACAACAGGUGAAGGUGCCCAAUUCAUGACCCGCAAAGCGGCCCUCAAAAAGCUCCAAUUAUCCCUCAACGACUUCCGGCGGCUUUGCGUUCUCAAGGGGAUCUACCCCCGAGAGCCCCGAAACCGGAAACGCGCCCAGAAGGGCCAGUCCGGUAUCAAAACCCUCUACCAUGUAAAAGACAUCCAAUUUUUGCUACACGAACCCAUAAUUUGGCGACUUCGCGAUUACAAAAUUUUCAACAAGAAAGUCGGUCGGGCUCGAGCUGUUAAAGACUUUGAAUCGUUAAAAAAAUAUCUGAAUAAUCACCCGACUUUGAAACUCGACCAUAUUGUCAAAGAGCGAUACCCCACGUUUCUGGACGCAUUACGUGACUUGGACGAUUGUCUGACACUGUGUUUUUUGUUCAGUACGUUUCCAUCGAUUCCCCACGUCCCUCGAGACCAAAGCGCGCUAUGCCAGAGACUCACAAUCGAGUUUUUGCAUGCCGUAAUAGAGGCCAAAGCGUUGAGGAAGGUUUUCAUUUCAAUCAAGGGUUACUACUACCAGGCUGAAAUUAAGGGUGAGACCAUCACGUGGAUUGUGCCCCACCAUUUCGCAUUCGAGCCCCAGAGCAAGGCCGAAGUCGACUUUAAAUUAAUGUCGACUUUUGUUGAGUUUUACACAAUUAUGUUGGGAUUUGUCAACUUUCGGCUUUACCACCAACUAAAUCUUUAUUAUCCGCCAAAAUUUUCAAAUUUGACUCAAACAGACAGCGAGAAAGAAAUCGUGGAUGAGGGUGUCUUUGUAUCAGAACGUGUGGCAGCUCUCAAUUUCCCCUUAUCGAGAACCACAAAUUCCGCAAUUGAGGAAGAGGUCGAAAUUGAUAAUUUCAACACUGAGGAUAAUCCGGAAAAAAUCGAAGAAGCGCGAAUUGAAGCCGAAAAAAUCAAAAAAUUGAAAACACUUUUCAAGGGAUUGAAAUUCUUUUUGAAUCGGGAAGUGCCGAGGGAACCCCUCGUGUUUAUUAUUCGUUGUUUUGGAGGCGAAGUCUCAUGGGACAAGCUACUUUUCGUUGGGGCCACUUUUGAUGAAAAUGAUGAGUCGAUUACGCAUCAAAUUGUUGAUAGGCCUUCAAUGGAAAAACAGUACAUUUCGAGGUAUUACGUGCAGCCCCAGUGGAUUUUUGAUAGUGUCAAUGCGAGGGAGCUCGUCCCUGUUAACAAAUAUUUUAUGGGGGAGAUUCUCCCCCCUCAUUUAUCGCCAUUUAUUAAUGAGGGUCGGCAUCAGGAGUAUAUGCCUCCUGAAGAAAAGGCUUUAUAUGAUCCCACAGCUUUGGAGGAGUUGCAUAACAAGGGAGAAAGUGAUGAUGAGGAAGAAGAAGAGAAAGAAACUGAACAAGUGGAUACAACGAACGAGCAAGUUGAAGAAGAGGUGGAGGAGGAGGAAGAAGUCGAAGAGGAAGAAACCUCGUCUGCGAAAAAGAAAUUAAAAGUCACUCCAGGUGAGAUACAUAAGGAAGUUCCUUGGGAGAAGAGUCGGCAAGAAAGACAAGAAUACAAACUUAGGGAAAAACUGGUUAAAAACAAACACCGAAAAUUAUACAAGAGUAUGAUGGCCGGUAGGAAAGAAAGGGCGAAAGAAAUUUGGUUACUGAGAAAAAAACGACGAUUACACGACGAGAAACAGAAAGAAGAAAAGAAAGCAAAAAAGAAACAACAAAAACUCGCCUCAGUUUCAUAAUUAUUUUAUUUUUUUAUAAAGUACAUAAAAUAUUUUAAUGGUUUAAGUUAUGCAAUAAAUAAUUUUGUUGCUUAAUUGUACAUCUUAGAAAUAAAUAGAAUUGAAGGAAUUCACUAAAAAUCUACAAUAAUUACU